AUGCCCCAAGGCCAUGGGACAAGGCAGUCCCGCCCCUCCAGGACCAGCAUAAAAGCUGGCCCAGAGCCUCUCUCCCUCACACACUUCUCCACACUCCUUCUGCUCCUGCUCCUGCCAACAACCAGGACCCUCCACCCCACAGCCAUGGCCUGCAACACCCUCUGCCGACCCUGCGGACCCACCCCGCUGGCCAACAGCUGCAACGAGCCCUGUGCCCUGCAAUGCCAGGAUUCCCGCGUCGUUAUCCAGCCUUCCCCUGUGCUGGUCACCCUGCCAGGACCCAUCAUGACCUCCUUCCCCCAGAACACUGCUGUCGGAUCCACCUCCUCAGCUGCCGUGGGCACUGAGCUCAGUGUGCAGGGACAGCCCAUCUCUGGUGGAUUUGGUGGCUUUGGUGGCUAUGGCCUUGGCUACGGCCGUGGAUUUGGCUAUGGGCUGGGAGGCCUGGGCUGCUAUGGCAGAAGGGGCUAUGGCUACAUCUGCUAA